CAAUACGAUACCUUGACGAUACUAUACAAAAAUUAAUAUUUCGAAAGCCAUAAAAACGGGAAGUGUUUAAUGGAAAUGGUGUUGAGCUCAUCGUGAUGAUAAAAUAAUAUUCGUGCAAUGCUUCUAGUCGCACGUAUUUUUGUUUUCACUGGGUUAAUUGUUACCCUGGCGAAAACUGAAACCAGUAAACCAUGGUAUGAAUCUUUGCCGGCUGUGGCCAUGGAUUAUAAGGUCCAUAUUGACCCUGGAAAGGAGGAUUGUUAUUUUCAAUAUGUGAAUCCUGGAGCCACUUUUUACGUCAGCUUUCAGGUUCUUCGAGGAGGUGAUGGAAAAGCCGGUUUCGCUGUUAGAAAUCCAGCAGGUGAAAUAGUUCAUCCUUAUCAAUGGAAAGCAAAUGCAGAUUAUCAGGAUCAAUCGACAAAUGGUGGUUAUUACAGUGUUUGUAUUGACAAUCAAUUUUCAAGAUUUGCUGGGAAAUUAGUUAAUCUAUACAUCACUGUCAUUAGAUACGAUCAAUGGGAAAAAUUCACAAAAGAAUUGGAAGAAAUGAAUCUAUCAGUGGAAAAUUUCACGGCGGCAAUUACUCACGUGGAAAAGAAUAUCAAUGAAAUGUUACAAAUUCAAUACCAGAGUCGAGGGCGUGAAGCACGUGAUUUAAAUUUAUUGUUAGACAAUAAUUCAUAUGUUCAAAAUUGGUCAAUUGCACAAUUAAUUGUAAUAAUUGCAACAACAGUUUUGCAAGUUUAUUUCGUAAGAAAACUCUUCGAAGUAAAACCAUCUGGUUAUUCGAAAGUGAGAAUUUAAUUAUUACAAUAUAUAUAAAAUUGGUUUUUAACUUAAAAAUUUUUCUUUAAAAUACUUUUUUCUACAAUCUUUAUAUCUAAACAUGUGAUAAGUUUUUUUUUAUAUUAUUAUUUGAAGAAAGAGUAAAAAAAAAAAAAGAAGAAAGUAUUUAAUUUCUCAUUUAUAAUUGUCAAUAAUGUGCAUUUUAAAACUUUUUUUUU